GUAUUACAAACCUUAUUAACGUGGCUAUGAUUUGUGCUGAUGCCGAUGUUUAAAUUGUAGCUUCACGUUUUGAGAAACGCUUAACAUUGCAGCGUUUUCAAUUAUUAACAGGUUUCCUGAGACCAGUUUCUUGACAACCUAAUCUUUUGUCUAAAUGUCAUUUUGUGGAUGUGGUUGUAUUUAUUUGCUGGCUAGCAGUGAAGAGGUCGUAAGUGAGUCACAAAGCAAUUGUAAAUUGGUGUGGGAGAGGCAGGUUUAGUCUUUCGUUUCAACAUAGCUUUGAGUUACACACGAUUUCCAAGUGGUUUGGUUUCUUAAAAACAUCUUUACAUUUGGAUUACUUUGUUGGUUUUUUGUUUACAGAACUUCUGAUUACGCUUGUGGAAAAUGCCUGAUUUUUGUGCUGCCUACGGCUGCACCAACGAACGGAGCCUCCAAACCAGAACGCGUGGGAUCACCUUUCACAAGUUUCCCAAAUGUAGCGAGCGCCGGAGACAGUGGGAGCGUGCCCUGAGAAGGAAAGGUUUUGUGGCUAAUGACAGAACACUGCUCUGCAGUGAACACUUCAGAAAUGAAGAUUUCGACAGGACAGGGCAGACUAUCAGAUUCAAAGCUGGAGCUGUUCCAUCUGUCUUCAACUUCCCAGCUCAUCUUCAGAGGCAACUAGCAUCCAAGAAAAAACAAAAAAUAUGGGAGGCGGAAGAGAGCCUACCAAUGGAUUAUUCUAUCCCAAAGAAAUCACCCAUCAUUGCGCCUCCUGCUCCUCCACCUCCUAAGCCGAAUCUUGACCAUAUCUAUGCAAUGCCUACAGCUCCCGCUGUCCUAAAGGCCAGACUUCACGGUGCCAGGACUAGAUUGGAAAAUCUGCAGCGAGAAGUUAGGAAUCUGAAGGUACGAGAACGGAGGAAUAAGAAAACAAUAAAUGAUCUUCAAAAGGAUCUGAGGAAGAAGAACAUCGCAAAUAGAAAGCUAAGAAACAAGCUUAAGGGCUACUCUGAAAUUCCAAUUGACCUCCUGUUAAAAAAAGGCCAAGAGUACACACAGGACCAGAAGGAGUUUGCCAUUAAUCUCCAUUUACAGGGUCCAAAAGCGUAUAACUAUUUAAGAAAAGUCCUCCACCUUGACCUCCCGCAUCCACAUACAUUACAAAGGUGGAAGAGAUCUGCAGAAAAGCCUGGCCCUGACACGACCGCAGUAACACAGGAGGGGGAGGAACUGACAGAUACCCAGAAUGUCCCGAUUCUGAGCUCAUUGGAGGAACUCCAGGAACUUGGCAUAAGUGUAGUGUGGACAAUGGAUGGAGAUGCUUCUGAUGCUAGCCAGUGCACCCAACUUGCCGAUUAAAGGGCCUACAAAUCAUUUUUGCACAUCCAAAGACUGAUGGGAGAUUGUUUGUGGUGACUGGUGCGUGUUAUAUGUUAAAUCUGGCAAGGAGAAUGUUCCCGUUGUACAGGGCCAGAAACCAAACAUAUGCUGUUUAUGUAAAUUAUGUUGACUGCAUGCAGCUAGCAAUGUGUUUUCAUUCCCAAAACAUGAUGCUGUCUCUAGCUGCAUGGACACAAAGUUGCUCUUUAUCAUAGUUCUGCACUCAGCUAUUCAGGUUAAACUAGAAAUAAUUAAUUGUGGUAACACUGCACACAAACACAGUGAAUAAAAUGUUUUUCGUUAAUGCAGCUGUUUGCGGGACCCUUUGAUAUUAUGAAUAAACAAUGUGUCCAAGGUUCAAAGCUUCUCUGUAUUUUUAAAAUUGGACUGAGAGUUAAUGUUGAGGAAUACUUUAGAUAUUGAAGAGUUUAGAGAUACUUUACCUUUUAUUUCCUGUUUAAUUCAUUAUUUAAACCGUAAAAACAUGAAAUGUUGCUAUGAAGCCCAUAGUAUGUGACAACAUGCCCCAAUGUUUAUUGUAACAUGUUAUCUGUAAAUAAACUUUCCUGGGCAAUAGUGAUGUAAAUGUUAUUGUCAAAAUGUAAUUACUAACUUAUACCGUACAUGCAUGUACACAGCAGAAAUAGUGUAGCAUACUUUAAGUAAACAUACACAUGCCAAGCAAAGAUGCCUAGUAUGCCACUGUGUGAAAUGUUUUGCCUUGCCAGUUAAAUCCUCAAAAUCAAUACAAAGCAUACAUGCACAUAAACGUAAC